GUGGGGGGAGUAAAUAGACAACCCAGGGGGUGGAACCUGCCUGGGCAUUGGGGGGACGCAGGGGCUGGCUUCCAAGGACCCCCCUAACCUCUACUCACAUGGGCAUGAGCCACAGCGUAGGGAUCUGAUGCAGGUCAUCCUUCCCAAUGCCUCCCUCACCCCUGGAAGACCGCCUCUCCGUCCUCCAGCGCCCCAAGACCUUGGCUUUGCGCCUCAAUCACAGCUUCCCUGCCGACAAGCAGCUCCUGUCACCCCAGGCACGGAGACCCCCGAGCCACCCACCCCCUAAGGACCGAAUCGGGGCUGCCCCACCCUAUCAGGAGCCCCAGGCCUGCCUCCCACCCCCUCACUCCCACACCAUCGACAUCAAGUUGACGGUGGGGGCCGUGCAGAGCCGGGCGCGUGAGCGCAACCUCUCCCUGCAGCUUGACCUCCAGCAGGGCGGCAGCAGGUCCUGCGAGGGGCCGGAGCUCAAGGUGCUGCUGCCUCAAGCCAAGCUCAAGAAGCGCUGCUUUAAGGAAAACUCGCGGCCGGCCAGGGGGGACACCCCGUCACCCGCUUCCUCCUGCUUCUCCAGCCCCAGAGCGGGCACCAUGCACCCCUUGAAAGGCGGCUGCCGGGGCUGCUGGCGCUUGAUGCGCUGUGACGACACCAGCCCCAAGCCGGGGCUGCGCUCCCUGGGGUGCCUGUCGUGCCGCUCCAGUCUGGCUUCCCUCAGCUGCUCCCCGCCCUCGGUCAAGAAGCUGGGGUGCUUGCCCUGCACCCCGUCAGCCCUCAAGUCCCUGGCCUGCCUGGCAUGCAACCCCUCAGUUAAGUCGGUCAGCUCCUCCUGCAGCUUCUGCAGCAGCGACCCCAUCGUGGCCUACGACCCCCCAGCCAGGAGCUCGCCCCCCUCCAGCUACGACGAGGAUGACUACAGCGUGCGCACCAUCUGGCCUGAAGAGCUGGCCAAGAAGAUGAGCCGUUCCCGCACCCAGCAGCAGGGGGCGCCGCUGAUCCUGGAUUGCCGCAACCUGAUGCAGUACACCAAGAACCAGCUGCAGGGCGCCAUGCACUUCAGUGUCUCGGAUGCGGCCGGCAGGCGGCGCCUCCAGCAGGGCAAACUGGCCGUGCUGGACUUCAUGGCCUCCAAGGACCCCCACGACUCCCUGCAGCGCCUCUGGCCCAAGGAGCAGCAGAACGGCUGCUGUGCUGCAGUGGGCGAGACCCCUACCCCUCCGGCCCCUCCCGAGCCCCCCAAAACCCUGCCCGCCCAGAACCUCCACCUGGUGCUGGACUCGCUCAAUAAGGAGGUGCAGGGUAGGAGAGGGAGUGUGGCAGUGCCGCCGUCAGAGCCGCUGGAGGAAGCUGUCGGGGUCCUGGAGGGGGUGGACGGGGACCCUGGGGGGCCACCCCUCACCCCCGACCUGGAGAGCGCAGAGCUGAGCCCCAUCCUGCCAUUCCUGUUCCUGGGCAACGAGCGCGACGCGCAGGACCUGGAGCGGAUGCUGAGCCUCAACGUGGGCCACGUGCUGAACGUCACCACCCACCUUCCCCUCUACCACGCCCAGAGUGGGCACCUGCGCUACAAGCGCCUGCCUGCCACCGACAACAGCCGCCAGGACCUGCGCCAGUACUUCGAGGAGGCCUUCGAGUUCAUCGAAGAGGCACACCAGCGGGGGAAGGGUGUGCUGAUCCACUGCCAGGCGGGCGUCUCACGCUCAGCCACCAUCGUCAUCGCCUAUCUGAUGAAGCACACACUGAUGACCAUGAGCGACGCCUACAAGUACGUCAAAGGCAAACGCCCCAUCAUCUCACCCAACCUCAAUUUCAUGGGGCAGCUGCUGGAGUUUGAGACGGAUCUCAACGCAGGGGUCACACCCCGCAUCCUCACCCCCAAGCUCAAGCUCACUGGGGUGGAGACCGAGGUGUGAGGGAGGCCUGGGCUGGGCCAGGCCACCCAUCUCAGGGCGGGGAGGGGAGUGUGUGCAAUAACUGGACGGACGGACGGGCUUCCAACAGGCCAGGCCUGGGGGCCAGAUACCAGGGCACCAAUGCCCAUCCUGCCCACUUGUGCCCCACGUGCCACCAGGUGCCCGUUGAUAGAGGGCUGAGGAGAGGGGCUAGUUUUUACCCCAAGACUAAUCUCUGCGUGUGCGUGCGGUGGAGAGGGCUGUUGCCUGCUAUUUAUUGGGGUGUGUGUGUGUAUUUUGGGGGUCCCUGUGGCCUGUUGCUCCCUUGGCCUCUCCGCUCUGGGUGCUGCGUUGCUGAAGUCCGCUGUGGAGAAGGGGGGGGGCCCUACAGGGAUUUGGGAGGAACACAGGCCAACCCCCCCCCUCCAAAAAAAAAAAAAAAAAAAA